UUUUCCCAGGCUUUCAAAGGAAAUUAAUCUGAGAUAUGAUGUUAUUAUGCUUCUUUUUUAUUUUAUAAUAAUUGCUCAAGGAAAGAACAGGGGUCAUAGACAACAGCUUAUUUAUUUCAGGGAGCGGAAAUGAAAAACGUUGUUCCACUUCCCCUUUAGUCGAUAGGAAAUCAGCUUUCACUCGCCACAACGUCCGGUUGAAAUUCAAAUCGCUAGCUAGCUAAAAAAUUACAACAAAGGCCGAUUAAACAUCUGGCGACUUUCAUGACAAACGAUAUCUGAUAGAAGUGUAGACAGCACCAGCUACGCGAGGAUUGUACCAAGUGGGAAGCCCUAAGUAGUUCACAAGACCUCCUAGGAAGUGAGCUGGAAGGAAAGAAAGAAGGAGCCAGGUUGCAAGAAAACAGAUGAAAGAAGAAGCAACAAUGUCGGAAGAAGGGGCAACAAUGUCAGAAGAGGGGGCAACAAUGUUGGAUGAAGGGGCAACGGCGUCGGAAGAAGGGGAAGGGGCAACGGCAUCGGAAGAAGGGGAAGGGGCAACGGCUUCAGAAGAAGGGGCAAUGGCGUCGGAAGAAGGAGCAAUGGCUUCGGAAGAAGGGGCAAUGGAUGCCACUGGUAGUGAAGAGGAGUCCGAUGAGGCCUUGUCUAAUGGCAGCCCCAUACCACCUAAUAGGGGAAGGGGUAGGCCCAAAGGAUCAGGCUCCAAGAAACCUAAGAUACUGAGGGUACUAGACAAGCAGCCACGGGGCAGGCCACGUAAAGUGGUUGACCCUAAUGCUGUUUCAGCAGAGACAACUGCACCUUUGAAGCGUGGCCGGCCCAAAAAAGUUCAGCAAAAAAAAAAAAUGGGUAGGCCGAGGAAGUACCUGCUGUCACCCGAGGAGGAAGAGGAGAGAAAGAUACUGAAAAGCCAACCUAAGGGACCUAGAGUGUGGAAGCCGCUAGGAAGGCCGCGCAUCCAUCCCCGCGGGGAUCCCCCCGCCACACCCACCUCUGCCGAGCCACGGAGAAGAGGCCGUCCACUCAAGGCAUCAACAGGUAGAGGUGCCCACUUACGGAAGAACCCACCUCCAACUUCUAAAGUUUCAAAGCCCCCCGCUAAAGAUGAUUCCCCGCGAAAGAGUGGCCGCCCCUUAGGCUCCUUCAAAGCCAAGAGAGCAGCAGAGACGGAUAGGUCCAACAGUUCACCCUCAGCCAAACAGGGUUGCACUGUUUCUCCAAUAGUAAGGCUUUACCGCUGCUCCAACGGUAAAGCAAAUGUGUUUGAUGAAGCUGCCUUCCAAGCCCAGAGGCAAAAAGGCAGGAGAAAGACUGUGAACGUUGAUUAUACAGCAUAUGAUUCAGAGGAGGAAAAUGAAGAUACACAGAGAAAUGAGGAUGAAGUCUUUUCUCUAGUAGAAGAUGACGAAGAAGAGGAAAUUAAACCACGCGAUGGUCAUGGCAAGGCUAGUAACCCUGGUAAGUUAGCGGCAGCUAUUAAGAAAAAAGAAGUGGUUGUUCCUAAGAGGGGGGGCAGAAAGCCUGGCUCAAUCAAAAAGGUUGUAAAGUAAAAGGAACCUGGGCGGAGCAGACUGAACGAGUAUCAAUAGCAUCUUGUAAGAUGUUUUUUUAAACAUUUUAUUAUCUCUUACCCAACUCUUGUUUUCUCAACUAACCUAUGUGUCUGUUUGCUCUUGCUGUUAUUUUUUAUGGUUUGAUGCCUUUGUGGAAACCAUGUGGAAAAAACAAGUACUUUUUGUACUUCCUUGGUCAUCCAUAGCUUGAAUGAUGUGAAGACAAUUUCAUUGACCGUUGUUAAUCUUGUAUUGUUCUGUUCAGACUUAUCCCAUUUAGAUUUUUUCACUGGUACUGUCAUUGAUACAGUUUCUAAUUCCAUACACAUCCUAUAGUUGAUGAUAUUCUCAUUGAGGUUUGUUAAUCUUGUAUUGGUCUGUGCAGAUUUGUCCAAAUAAGCUCAAAUGGUUUUAAAUCAAUUGAAUUAGGUAAGUAUUUUGUUUUUCGUUUUUUAUCUCUCCUUAAGCUCUGUAGUUUUCGAAUGUCUUCUAAUUUUAUUUGCCUUAAUUGCCAAAGCUUUGAAUGUAACAACUUCCCCCUUCCCAGCUAUCUUUGUUUCGAUAUAGAUGUUGUUAGUUUCACUAUCAUGGCACCCUUUUACCUAUAAAGUGCACUACUUUUGACCGAAGCCAAAAGUCAAAAAUAAUGCACUAUAAGGGGAAUAUGGUGCCGUUUGGGACGGUACUAUAAUCAUAGUUUUCUUUCACUUGGUUCAUUGCAUACUUCACCUUGUGGAGUCAAGACGGUAACUGUAAACUUCCAAUCCAUCAUCCUUAAGAUUUCUCUUAGAAGAUGUAUGGUUAUUGACUAUUGUGAUGGUUUUGUUUGCCAGUAUCAUCCUUGUAAUUCACUCAUCACUCCUCACAGUUCUUUUUAAGACUUUUUAUGUCAGCUCUUUUUACUUGUUUUUUAUCACUUGGCUUUCAUCUGAAGUGGAUGCUUGGUUUCACAGACUCUGGGUGAUGAUGUGUGUAAAUGUUCAGAUUGUAUGUUAAACAUGUCUUCAUCUAGCCUGGUAUUUGUUUAUUUAAUUAAUUAUGUGCUGGACCAUGAUAUCAACAGUUCAUACUGCAUUACAACUUCGUAAAUUAUGUAAUAUAAAAAUAGUAAUUGAGGUACACAACAGCAUCUAUCAUUUGUAUGAAUUCAUGUUCCUGUGACCAAAGCUUGCUAGUUUCAUGUUUUCAACUUGGUCUGUUCUUAUGCUAUGUUGCUUGGAUUAAUACAAUGUUCUUCAAGAUGCAGUUAGAACUAUAGAGAUACAUACUGUAAUUUUUACCUAUGUAUUUAUCUCUGUGAUCAGAAACAGGUCUGUGAAACCUCCCCAACGUUCAUUUGAGGGUAAUGUGAAUUUCAGUUUUUUUAGAGAGAGCAAAUAUUUAGAAAGUUUCGUGUAAUAAAGUGAAAUGUCAAACUUUGUUUUUGUUGAUGUUUUUUAAUCUCAAUAAAACCUCAUAUGACUUAA